AUGGAGUAUACUUUUAACUCCAAACCCAUCUCCAUUGCUUUUUUCUCUCUAUUGUUCAUUGCUAGUUUUGGUGAGGCCAACCAAACUUACCAUGCCAACAAUGAAUCAAGGAAAUUGAACAGGAUUAGAGCUUAUCUCAACAAGAUCAAUAAGCCUGCUGUCAAGUCAAUCCAGGAUCCGUAUGGUGAUAUUAUAGAUUGUGUUUUGUUUCAUCAACAACCGGCCUUUGAUCAUCCAUUGCUAAAGGGGCAAAAAUCAUUGCAUCAAGUACCUAAAGCCCACAAUAACUCAAACAAUGAGCUCAAAAGCUUCCAGGCGUGGAGAAAGUCUGGAGAAACAUGUCCAGAAGGAACGGUUGCCAUCAGAAGGACAACUGAACAAGACAUUCUAAGAGCUGGUUCUGUUCGCAAAUUCCGACAAAAAGUCAUACGAUAUCAAACGGCUGGGGAUGACGUGGAAUGGGCAUUGGCAUAUGUAGCAGGAGGAAAAUAUAAGGGAGCGGCGGCGAAUCUGAAUCUUUGGGCACCUGUUCUAAGCGACAAUCAAGAAUUCAGCUUAGCACAAAUCUAUGUUGGUGCUGGAACAAAUGACCAGGAUGUCAACACCCUUCAGGCUGGUUGGAUAGUAGCACCAACUUUGUAUAGGGACAGUAAGCCAAGACUCUUCAGCUAUUGGACUGCGGAUUCAUCCAGAUCAACUGGUUGCUUCAAUGUACUUUGCCCAGGCUAUAUUCACACCAGUCCUGACAUUGCCGUUGGGAUAAUACUAGAUCCACCAUCCACAUAUAAUGGGGAGCAACGUGAUGGUUACUUUGAAAUUUUGCAGGGUAAAUGA